AUGCGAGGUACCGUCAAGCUGAUCUCAUCCUCUCACCCUUCUCUCAACCUCUCCCACCCGACCCCCGACUGCUUCGUCUGGAACACCCUCAUCAAGGCGGGCGGCACUUCCGCCACCACCGCUGCCGCCGCCCUGCUCGUCUACAUCCGCAUGAGGCGCCACAGCGUCUCCCCAGACCUCUACACCUUCCCCUUCCUCCUCCAGUCCUUCUCCACCCCCUCCCACCUCCCCUCCGGCCGCCGCCUCCACGGCCAUCUCCUCCUCUCGGGAUUCAUCUCCGACGCCUUUGUCCAGAACUCCCUCAUCAACAUGUACUCCACCUGCGGCGACCUGGAGGAGGCCCAGAAGCUCUUCGGCGAGGUCCCUCGCCCGGACCUCCCCACCUGGAACUCCAUCAUCAAGGCCCAUCUGCGGCGCGGCGCGAUCGAGGCCGCCGCCCAGCUGUUCGAGGAAAUGCCCGAGCGGAACGUCGUCUCCUGGACCUGCAUGAUCGACGGCCUCGCCAAGUGCGGCGACGAUAGAAGAGCCCUGGAGCUGUUCCGGGAGAUGCAGGGGAUGUGCGGUGCCGCCCCCAACGAGUUCACCAUGUCCGCCGUCCUCUCCGCCUGCGGGCGGCUCGGCGCGCUCGAGCACGGCAAGUGGGCGCACGCCUUCAUACGCCGGCGCUGCAUGCGGGUGGACGCCGUCCUCGGUACCUGCCUGAUUGACAUGUACGCCAAGUGCGGCAGCAUCGAGAGGGCCUCGCAGGUGUUCGACGCCAUGGACGCCCGCGACAGGGACGUCCCCGCCUGGAGCGCGAUGAUCGCCGGCCUCGCCCUGCACGGCCGCACGGGGGAAUCCGUCGCGCUCUUCGAUCAGAUGGUCGCCCGCGGCGUGACCCCCAACGGCGUCACCUUCCUAGGCGUGCUCUGCGCGUGCGCCCACGCCGGCCGCGCCGAGCAGGGGGCGGCCCUCUUCCGCCGGAUGAGCGUGGACUUCGGGAUAUCCCCCUCGAUCCAGCACUACGGCUGCAUGGUCGACCUCUACGCCCGCGCCGGGCUGGUGCGCCGCGCGCUGGAGCUCGUCGAGUCGAUGCCCAUGGAACCCGAUGUGCUCAUCUGGGGGGCCCUCCUGAGCGGCUCGAGCCUCCACGGCGCCGUCGGCACCUGCGAGUUCUCCCUCACCAAGCUCAUCGCCCUGGAGCCCCUCAACAGCGGCGCCUACGUCCUUCUCUCCAAUCUUUACGCCAAGCUCGGGAGAUGGCCAGCGGCGCGGCAGGUGAGGGGCCUCAUGGAGGCCAGGGGGGUCAGGAAGCCCCCCGGCUGCAGCCUGGUCGAGCUCGGCGGCACCAUCUACGAGUUCUCCGCAGGCGACGACGCCUACCCGGAGUCGGACCAGAUACGCCGGAUGCUAGGCGAGAUGAUGCGGAGGCUGAGGGAAGCGGGGUACGUGGCCAACACGGGGGAAGCGCUGCUGGACCUGGACGAGGAAGGGAGGGAGGCGGCGCUGGCCCUGCACAGCGAGAAGCUGGCCCUCGCCUUCUGCUUCCUCAAGACGGAGCCCGGUACGCCGCUGCGUGUCGUCAAGAACCUUAGGAUGUGCGGCGACUGCCACGCCGCCUUCAAGCUUGUGGCGGAGCUCUACGAGCGGGAGAUCGUCGUCAGAGACUGCAGCAGGUUCCACCAUUUCUCCUGCGGCCUGUGCUCCUGCGGAGACUACUGGUGA